GUGGGGGUGAACCUUGGGUAUAUAGUGCCAGUUUAUCUGUCUCGUUAAUCAUACUCACUCACCGUCCACGGCUUCAUUCACGUAACACACUGCCUCACAAUCACUACCAUGGAUCCACGAUCGCUCCUCCUGUUGGCGCUAGCUUUUGUUCCUGCCUCUUUCACGCAGACCUGCACCAACCAAGAUUUGUGUCUAGUAAGCUGCGAGGGUUGUACUGGCAUCACCAUGGUCCAUGACCCUAUCAACUGCCACCGCUUCUAUUACUGUAAUGAUGACCAGCUGCUUACCGACAGUCCCUUUGAAUGUCCGAAUGGACAAGAGUUUAAUCCACAGACUCAUGCAUGCGAAGCUGAUUUGGACGGAGAGGAAUGCAGGCCUCCUUGCGCCUCCAAGGGAGAGUGCCACUACAAUUGCCAGCCAGGUGAUCCACUGAUCGCUUCACUCUAUGACUGUGGGACCUAUUAUGCUUGUGACACAGAAGGCAACUUUGGACAUCCAAAGACCUGUCCCCCUGAGAGACCAUUCUUUGACGGAACGGAGUGUCAGACAAAUGAGACUCUCUGCUGUCACUGCCACGGCUACUGUUUCCCAGGUGAUGAAGGCAGAUUGGUGGUGGAUCCCAAAGACUGCCGCAGAUAUUACGUAUGUGUCACUGAAGGAGUGCCGGUCUACUCUGGAACCUGCGACAAAGGAGAACAUUUCGAUGCCGUUUCCCGACAGUGUUCGACAGAAGCGCCCUGCCGCACGAUGUGUCGCAAUGUGAUCGGUGCCGAUGGCUGCAUUGAAAAUUUUACCUGCCGAGGAAAAGGAGAAUUCGCCAAGUGCCCAAAUAAAUGUUUCCCCGAGUACUAUAACUGCUUGGAGUUUAGCGACACCUAUGCCCCAGCAGUACUUUGUCGCUACGACAAUUAUGUGUUUGAUCCCGAGGAACUUGAAUGUGUUCAUGAGGAUCGUUGCAGCAUAAACUAAGGCUAUGGACUCCUGUGCUCUGCCACAUCCACGAGAGUUCACCUCUGGUGUGUUCUUGUACACAUUAUCUUUGACUUCUGACCUUCACUUGUUUCCUCCUAACAACACCCUAAAUCAAUAUUUAUUUUCAUGAAUAUGCAAUUUUUUAUUCAAAUAUAAUCUUUAUAAAUGUAAUCUUUUUACGAAAAAUGGUUACAAAAGAAAUCUGUACUUUUUCAAUAUUUCCCAAUGUCAAAUGAUUUGUGCUGCUGUAUGGGUGUCCAGCGGUGCCUGGGACAAUGCCCAACACGUAAAGACAUGACAUAACAAAUACAACCUAGUAUGAUAUCCAUGCAGAUAUGAUGGAUUUAUGCUACUGUAACUUCUUAUCGGCUGAAUGUUGGCUCCUUCUGUGUGUUAGUCGUAAAUUAUAUGAUUUGGUAGGACAAAGUAAAACACAAAAUAGAAUAAAAUGAUAUGAAAUAAAUAAAUAAAGUGGUAAAUAAUAGACAUACAGACACAUAUAAAACAAAAUCGUUAAAAUAUUUGCAGGGAUGAUAAACCAUUUUUUUGGGGGAUGACUCUAUAUGAAGGUGCAUGUUGUAGAUAUGAUGAUACUUGUGAAAUGACGGAUGUGAUUUAACACAAAAUGAGAACAAAUAUUCUCUUUUAUUUAAUAAUGCAAUUACUUUGCUGACGAGACUCGAACUUUAGUGUUUGAAAUCAAUUCUAUGCUUGAUCGAUUUUAUAUAUAUGCUAAAUAAACGUAUGAUUCUCUCUCUCUCUCUCUCUCUCUCUCUCUCUCUCUCUCUCUCUCUCUCUCUCUCUCUCUCUAUUUUAUAGCUCUUAUCUAGAAGAUGUGCGAUUUCAUGUCAAUGUGUAUUGGAAAACCAUUUAAUUACUGAAAAAUUACUUCACUGUCUGUUUCCUGUCAUAUAAUAAACAAGAAAUGCAA